CAUAAUAAGAUGAUAAGAAAAGAGGAGCGCAUGCGCAGCUGCACUGCACUGCACCUCAAGUCAACUCUCCAAAGCUAGUCAACUCCGUCGGCCACCAACUGUUCGAGAAAUGGCCGACGCCGCCGUCGAGUUCCUGCUGGAGAACCUCAAGCAGCUGCUGCUCUACAACGCGAACCUCAUCCUCGACGUCAAGGCUCAGGUCGAGCUCCUCUACAACGAUCUCACCUUGUUCAAGGCCUUCCUCAAGGACUCCACGGAGAAGCGGAGCAAGCACGAGACGCUCAAGGAGCUCGUCAAGCACAUCCGCAACGUCGUCUACGAGGCCGAGGAUGCCAUCGACACCUUCGUCGCCCACGCCGCCGUGCACAAGGCGCGCAAGCAGAUCGGGAAAGCCUUCCAUUUCAUCGAUUACUCGGCGAAGCUCCGCGCCGUGGCGCAGGAGAUUCAGUUGAUUCGCACGAGGGUGAAGGAUAUUUACGAGAACAAGAAGUUCGGAUUCGAAGCCCUGCACAUUGGGGGCGGAUCUGACAGACCCACCAAGGAGAAAAAGCCUCCGAUUGUUGAAGAAGACAACGUGGUGGGAUUCGAAGAUGAGGCUGUAAAAGUGGUGAAUCUCCUUUCUGGAGGAUCUGAUGAUCUUGAAGUUAUCUCGAUUGUUGGGAUGCCUGGGCUUGGUAAGACGACAUUGGCCAAAAUGGUCUAUCGUGAUCCAAAUAUUGAAUACCAAUUCUACAAACGUGCUUGGGUUUAUGUUUCUCAAGAUUACAGUAGAAAGGAAGUGUUCCUCAACAUUCUGAGUAACUUUGUGCAACUCACUGACGACAUGCAUAAGAUGAAUGAUGAGAAUUUGGCUAAAGAGCUCUCUAAACAAUUGGAGAAAUCGAAGUACUUGGUUGUUAUGGACGAUGUGUGGACUGAGGAGGCGUGGAAUGAUCUCAAGAUCGCCUUCCCCAAGAACAACAACAAGGGGAGCAGAAUCUUGAUAACUAGCCGGAUCAAGAAGGUUGCCAAGCAUGCUAAUCCGAUUGCAGAACCUCAUAAUUUGCGGUUUCUAACUCCGGAUGAGAGCUGGAGGUUGCUCCAGAGGAAGGCGCUAGGUUCGGAGAAUUGCCCCGAGGAGUUAGUGAAGGAUGGAAGACAUAUAGCGAAUGAGUGCCGUGGUUUGCCACUUGCAAUUGUUGUGAUCGGAGGGGUUCUGCUAGAGAAAGGGACGGACUGGUGGGAGAAGGUUGCUAGUAGUGUGGAUGCCUACAUUGCCAUGGAUGAGGCGAGACGUAUGGAUAGUUUCAUAGCUCUCAGUUACAAUCACUUGCCUUACCACUUGAAAGCAUGCUUUAUCUACCUUGGGAUGUUUCCGGAGGAUUUUGAGAUCCCCGUGUGGAAACUGGUCCGCCUGUGGAUUGCAGAAGGAUUCAUACAGCAGAAGGAGGGAAUGAGCUUGGAGGAUAUCGCGGAGGAGUACUUGGAGGAUCUUGUCAACAGAAAUCUGGUGAUGGUGGGACAGUUCAGAUCCAACGGUAAACUCAAAACAUGUCGUAUUCAUGACAUGCUGCGCGAGUUCUGCAAAAAAGAAGCAGCAGAAGAGAAUUUCUUCCAAGAAAUAAGGCGUUUUGAUCAAGGCACGUAUGCAUCUUCCAAUCCGGCCUCAGAGAAGUACCGUCGCCUUUCCAUUCAUUCCCGCGUCUUGAACUAUAUCUCCUCGAGACCAAAUGGUCCACAAGUCCGUUCGUUCUUGUGCUUCUCGUCUGAGGAGACUAUUUUACCGGCAGAGCACAUUUCAUCCAUCCCUGCAGCAUUUAAGUUGCUCCGGGUGUUAGAUGGUCGAUCCAUCAAUUACACGCGUUUCCCCACUGAUCUCACUCAACUGGUCCAUUUGAGGUAUAUAGUACUUUCUUGCAACUUCAAGAUUGUACCUGCGGCAGUAUCCAGCCUAUGGAACAUUCAAACUCUAGUUGUUGAAACGGCUUCACGCACACUUGAAAUCAAAGCAGAUAUAUGGAAGAUGAUUCAGUUAAGGCACGUGAAAACCAAUGCAUCGACUACUUUGCCACGCCCUCUCUCCAAAUCAAGAAAGAGUAAAGACGAAGUCUUGAUGAUCGGGAACCUACAAACACUUUCAACGAUAUCCCCUGAGAGCUGCACGGAGGAUGUGUUUGCCAGGGCUCCCAACCUGAAAGUUCUGGGAAUUCGUGGCCAACUGGCUAAACUUCUAGAGAACAAGAAUGGAAGCAUGCUUUUUGACGGGCUAGGGAAAUUGAGCCAUCUUGAGAAUCUGAAGUUGGUGAAUGAUGUGUUUCCUCGUCCACCUUCGGAAGGGAGAUUGACUAGCCUUCCCCAGAGGUACAAAUUCCCAACUAAGCUUAAGAAACUCACUCUGUCAGAUACUUUACUAGAUUGGAAGGAAAUGUCGACUCUAGGGAUGUUGGAAAACCUCGAGAUCCUCAAGCUGAAGGACAAUGCAUUUAAGGGAAAUUGGUGGAAACCGGAUGAUGGUGGCUUUCGUUCUCUCAAGAUUCUGCAUAUUGGAAGGACCGAUCUAGUGACCUGGCAUGCUUCGGCUCAUCACUUCCCGAGACUUAGAAAUCUUUUCCUUAAACACUGCACUCACCUUGAGUCACUUCCCUUAGGCUUUGCAGAAGUUUCGAGUCUCCAGUUAGUGGACCUUUACUGUACAACGUCAUCAGCUGCUACUUCUGCUAGAACUAUUAAGCAGAAAAAGGAAGAGAUGCUAGGCAGGCAAAUCACCAUAUUGAAGCUCUCUAUUUAUCCUCCGGAUCAUUGAUCUUCACUCGAUUGAGCUCGAGCUGUAGCCCUUUGACAGAUGGAAUGUGAGAUUUGAAUAUGCAUCCUGAACUGAUUCACACAUCUCUUGUUGAUCAGCACAAUCCAGCACCUUAAAGGAUUGUUUACGCAUUACUGGCUCUUUGAUUUGCGCAGGCGAUGGUGUCGAACAAAUGAAAGUUAAUGAAUAAGCUCUCGACUUCUAUUGGGUGUCAGGAGAUAUGUGCUUCGUGUUAUUCAGAAACACGUCGAACCUCUGCUCUGAUUUGUGCUCUCUAUUUGAUGUUUGCUUCGCUCCCAUGAGCAAGGCUGAGUUACUUCACUCUACAUGAUUGAUGAACAUAAGCUACAUAGAUAUGUCUUGCCUUUUCUUUUCUCCUUGAGUGUACAUUUGUUGAAGCAAUACCUAUUUGUUUCAGUUGAAUUGGUUCAACCCAUUUCUUUUAGCCCCCUUUUAGGCCUUUUUGGUGGGGGUGGGGUGGUCUGUAGGUCUAUUGAGGUUAGCUGUAAUGUAUAAUAGGGGCAUUAUGUUAAAAAUUUCAUCUCAUGCUUUCUGUAGUCUUUUGUGUCGCAGAUUGUAUCACGUCAUUUGGUUGAAAUAUUGGUUUGAUCUUUUUUAAAAAAAAAAUAAAAAUAAAAUAACUUGGUGCAAUAAAGUGCAUUAAUUGAUGACCAAA